UCCGAGCAGACGACAACGUACUGGGUCCAUUUCUCUGUACCUCUCUGGAUUACUGUCACAUCGGACCGCUUAGUUUAAUCGGUGGUCAGUAAUCCAACGUCUGUGUACUCAAUCCGUGCAAUAACACGGUAAAAAUAGCGAACAGAGCCCAGCCGUGGGGAUACCCAAAGCAUCUCUACUUCCUCGGCUCGCCGACAGCGAGUAAAGCGAGCGCCGCUGCAUCCCUGCAUCCCGUUCGGGCUACGCCGCGGUGUGUUCCAAGUUCGCACCUGGAAACUAACUAACUUCGGAACUAUGCCAACAGAAGAAACAGAAAUGGCGCCGACUGUAGCGAUCGAGACGGUGGUGAUAGUUCGCCCGUUAAAGGUCAUAUCAGUCCUAUGCGGGUGUGUUGCUGUGAUGUUGCUGAUGCUGUCGAUAGCUGCAACGACAUGGCUGGAGGCCGACGGUUUUCGUGAGGGUUUGUGGGAAAAAUGCAAAUGGCGCGAUAGAAUAAGCCAACAAGUUGACUGCGAGAAGAAUUACCCAAGAGAUAAAGCAUGGAUACAGGCGUGUAGGACGAUGUGCUUGCUGUCGCUAGCCACCUGUCUCCUCUCCAUUGUUGUGGCAUGUAUAGGGUUAAGGACAGACAACUUCCGCUCCAAGUACACAUAUUACAAAGCAGCUUUGUCCAUCAUGUUUAUAGCAGCCUUGUUUGAAGUCAUCGCUCUCAUCAUCUUCCCAGUGAAGUUUCUGGAGGAAGUAAGUCACGAACGCUCUCAUCACAAAUGGGAGUUCGGCUGGGCGUACGGUGUAGGCUGGGGGUCAGCCAUCUUCAUGUUCGGGUCCGCCAUCUUACUACUGAUAGACAGGGAGAGCGAGGAGGUCAUCUAUAGGGAAAAGACGAUUUAUAACAAAGAACCAGAACCAGAGGAGGUGUGAAACUAACGAUUCUUCCAUUGAAACAAACUACCCGACAGUCUUUCCUAAUGUGUGAGUCCCGAAUCCCUGGGAAAUAUCCAGACACCCUGUUAGAUUGUGAUGUAGAGUGUGAUGUCGCUGAUGGGAUGAUGUUCAGAGGAACGCAUGCUGAUGACCAUGUGGUUAUAUAGCCAUGCGUUUAGGUACAAACGCUGAACCAGGAUAUGAGUGGAUAUGGUCAUUUUAACAGCCAUGUUGAGAAGGAGAAUAAUUGGAACACGUCUGUGCUGUUUUGUCUGCAAAUGCAAAUAUAAUCGUCCACGUCAGAGAUGUUGUCUCGGUUAUCGAACGAUGGAGAUUCCAAUGGCGUAACAGCAGUGAAAAUUAUUUGAAUUGGUCACUGAAAAUCAGUGCUCACCUGGUGUUCACGAAAGGGUCUGCAUAUCCUGCCCUACUGGAACAACCCGCCACUCAGACAGCUCAAGUAUGAGCUGUGGUAUUCAGAAUGGAAAUAACUUUGUGUAUACACAAUCUGUAUCAAGUGCUGCAGUAAUGGGUCUGUGUGUACAUCCAUCACAGAGCCCUAAUGGAGAUUUUAUCUCCAUCAACAGGCCUCUAUCGAUGGCAUGGGAUGGAUUCCAGUGAGUGCCAUACAACAGAAUGAGAUUCCUGGUAGAUCAAUGUCCAACUGGUGAUCAACAGCAUGGUGAGAUUGACAUCAAAUAAGUACACAGACGCGACCAAAAACAAGUAUCUUUUACAAGAUAAUGGAUCACAACAUGAUGAAAUGGUUGCUUUCCUUCCAGGCUUUGACAUCAUUCAAACCUGAAUGAAAUAGUUUAAAUGAACACCAAUGAUAUUUGAUUCAAGCUGACAUUUGGAAAAUAGAUAAGCAAACACCACAUGCAAACAGGGGAAUGCUAUCAUUUCUCACCAUUGCUUACCAAUAUCAUCAAAGAAAUGGUUCUGUUUCUUAGGGCAACUUCAACAAAUGGCACACCUCUGCAGAGUUAAAUCCAAUACCAGAAACUCCAUUGCCGUAAAUAGUGCUUCCCAUGCAUUUGGCUAAUGACUCGGAGAACGAAGAAUGUUAUUAAUAAGGAGUUCUGUGAGCUUGUUUGUGAUUUCAGAUGAAGUUCUAUGGAUUCCAAUUUCUGUAUUACGAGGAGCACGACGUCUCGGAGUAUUGUUACUCCAUCACGUGAAAAUGUCACACCAAAAUUUAUUCCGAAAAGAUCGUCCAAGACUAUGGGCUUGAGUAAGUGAAAAUGAAAGUCAACAUGAACGGCAGGCAGCAACGAGGGGAACAUCAACAUCAAGAUGAAGAAUAGCGUGAACAAUACUGUAGCAAAGACUACGUCAACGAAGGAGGGACAGGGAGGAUAACACUGAUCUUGUUUGGGGCAAUACUAUCCUUUGAGGAUCAAGACUUAUAGUCCUGAAUGAAACUUCACCAUACUUUCUUAGUUUCCAGAAGUGCGUGUUUCCUUUCUUGUUUUUAUGAAACAUUUUGUCGAAUUUGUUGUUUCUUAAAGAAACUGUAUUUAACAUGCAUUUAUACUGUGUGACUUAUUUGACCUUCCUUGUCAUAACCAUUUUGUGUUUUUCAUGUUUGUUCAAGAAGUGGUUUUGUUGAAGUGUAUGCAAAGGUAUACGUUAGACAUCUUCGCCGUCAUAGGACAACAUUAUACAUUAUUCAUUACAUUGGAAUGUGACUGGAACAAUAUCCAUUUUCAAGAACGAACAACAACAAACAAAAUUCAUCGGUGAUUCGGUAUGUUCGCACGAACUAUGAUUGUACAAAUGAUGGGGUUCUUUCAAAAUGACAGUUUGAAGAGGUUUAAGCAUUAUGUGCAAAGCGUUGUUGAACACGGUAUGGGCGCAUAACUUGAAGAACAUGUGCAAGACAGUGGAUAUUAUAUGACACUUCAUUAACUAGUGCGUUGCUACGUGAAUAGAAUAAUAAAACGGUCUGCGAGAUCUCUCGCGAUUUCAACUGCUAAUCACAAGGCAUGCUAUCCUUUCAAAGGAGCCGAUAUUCUGAAACUGGAAAUGGUGAUCGUUUUAAAUAGUCACCAUAAACUAAGAAAGAAGAAAAAGAAGGUACUAUGAGUGACAUGUCUGGGUCCAUCAACGAAUGUAGCCAUUUUCAACUUAUCACGGGAUCGCUAAAUGGAGCGAAAUAUUCAGUAUUGCUUUAUAACAUAUGUAACACGUGUUAGUUACAUUCACUUGUGAACGGGGGUGAAAAAAUGAAAUACAAAGGGUGUCAAAAUGUUAAUUUCACCUUGGUCGAGGACGAAUAUAAGUCUUUGUGAGUGCAUUCUCUGGUGUAUUCAGUCAUUGAUAUGUAUACAUCAGUUUCCAUUUUUUAUAUACACAUCAACCCAGUUUGUCUUGAUAUGAAUGUUCCUAUUAAAAACGACCUAUUCAUGUAGUUUCUUUGAUCGAUGUUCCAAGACAAUGUGUUGUCGCGAAUGAUCGGAUAUGCCUCAAUAUGCAUUCUACUUCUUCAUAAUAGUCUUCUUCAGUGGGCACCUGCUUAAUAUUCCUGCUCAAAACAACAGAACCUUUGUCAGGAUGAUAUAUCAAGCUGUAUCAUCUGUCUUACUGUAUGUUUCAACAUCAUUAUCUGGGCUCGAUUUAAAAAUUUAGAACUUGCAAUUGUGCUGAAUGCAACUUCAUAUUUAUACCUACGUGCACCAAGUGCAUGUUUAUAUUUGCUGUUCAAAGACCACAGACGUAGCUGGAAAAAGAAUGACGAGGAACUGCCUUGGAGGAGUGGCUCCGAUGACUCCACUGAUUGAAUGACUGUUAAUUUUCAUAUCAUGAAAUUACAAAGUAAGGCAAACUGAUCUUAUCAAACACAGAAUAAUUCUGUUAUAGUGAUGUUCUAAGUAAUCAAUAUCAAAACUCAAGCAUUAUAUAUAAUUACAUAUUGAACAGCAGGUGAAGCAACGUCAGUACAUAAGGCGCCACCUGGUGCAAGUAGUUUUCAUUUCCUUAAAUCGUGAGCGAGUGAGUAGAGUUUUACGCCGCUUUUAGCAAUAUCACGGCGGGGGAUGACAUAAAUGGGCUUCACAUAUUGCACACA